AUGAAAACAUAAUUUGUUUUUCUUUUUACUCUUCUGCUGCUAAACGCACUUUGCUAAGAAGAGUAGCCUAAACGUUUUAUCGAUGACGAGGUUUUCAACAGACACUCAACUCAUGAUCCUAAGGGAGAUGAUGCAAAAAAGUUUCUCUACAUCCACUUGAUCCCUCACUCACAUGACGAUGUUGGCUGGCUUAAAACUGUUGAUCAAUACUAUUAUGGUUCUGAGAAUGUAGUACAAAAAGGAGGUGUACAGUACACAAUUGACUCUGUUGUUGACGAAUUAUUGAAGAAUUCAACAAGAAAAUUCGUUCAAGUAGAGACAGCCUAUCUUUAUAGAUGGUGGAAAGAUUCUCCUUAACAUAGAAGAGAUUUAUACACUCAAUUAGUUAAUAAUGGAUAAAUUGAAUUCCUUAAUGGAGGUUGGUGCAUGAAUGAUGAAGCUGCUCCUUACUAUGAAGAUAUUGUUGACCAAAUGACUGUUGGUCAUCAAUGGUUGAAAUAAUAAUUUGGUGAAAAGGGUAUUCCUAAAAUCGGAUGGCAUAUUGAUCCUUUUGGUCAUCAAUCAACUUAGGCUGCACUUUUUAGCUAAAUGGGUUUCAAUGCCUGGUGGUUUGCUAGAAUAGAUUACUAAGAUAAAGAUAAAAGAUUGAGUGAAUAGACACUAGAAAUGGUUUGGAGACCUUAACAAGCUUCUGGAAAUGACAAUUCUAUUUUUACUUGUGUAAACUAUAACAUGUAUAAUCCUCCUCCACAUUUUGAUUUUGACGCCUUAAUGAACGAUGUACCUAUCAUGGAUAACCCAGAGCUAGAAAACUAUAACGUUGACAAGAGAAGUGUUGAGUACAUUAAUUAUUUCCGUAAGAUGUCUGCUCAUUUUAGGUCCAAUCAUUUACUUCACACUUAGGGUUCAGAUUUCCAUUUCUCAAAUGCCCUUUAACAAUAUAAAAACUUAGACAGACUUAUGGAUUACAUUAAUGCUCGCUCUGAUUAAUUCUAAGCUAAGGUUUUAUACUCAACUCCUUCGAUUUAUCUAGAAGAAAUCCGUAAGCAAAAUAUUUCUUAUCCUCUUAAAGAAGAUGAUUUCCUUCCAUACGCUGAUAAGGAACACGCAUACUGGACUGGUUAUUUUACUUCUAGAGUAGCAGUUAAAGGAAACGUUAGAGAUUCUGGUAGAUAUCUCUAGCACAUCAGAAACAUUUUUUCAGUAAAUAAAAUGAAUUAGUCAAGUAAAUCACUAAUGAAAAACUAUAAAUUGAUGCUAAGUAACUUAGAUGGCUUUGAAUAAAAUAUGGGAAUUUUGUAACAUCACGAUGCUGUGGCUGGUACUGAAAGAUAGUACGUAGCCUACGAUUACUAGAAAAGAUUAUAAAAUUCUACCGAUAGAAUAAAUGAAGUACUUCACCCAAUGAUGGAAGAGUUUACUGAAAGAGAUAUAAGCGAAAAUGUUAAAUACUCUCAAUGCAAGUGGAAUUCAACUGCUGAUAAAUGUAGUGAGACAUACAAAACUCUUAAUUCUGGAAAGACUGUUUUAAUAAAUGUAUAUAAUCCCUCAGUAGCAAGAUCAAUCAUAGUUAAAGUUAAGGUUCCUAAUGUUAUCUUCACCUUAAUAAAUUCUUAAAACCAACCUGUCUAUGGUGAAGUAUUUUGCGUUAAUGAAACUGAUUAAACUGAUUGCGAUUUAUAUUUCUAAGACUCUUUUGAAGGAUAUUCUUACAAUUACUACAAGCUCGUACCUGGAUCUGGAUCCAACCAAGUUAAUAUUAUUUAAGGUAAAAAUGUUGGACUACUAAAGGAGACAGAAGUUGUCAAUGUUUCUGAUUAAAUUAAAUUGACAAUUAACAGAUUUGAGACAAAAUUUUAACUUUAGACUUGCUUGUAGGAUAACCUAAAUUGUACUUCAAAUAAUUUUGAAGUACUUUACAAUUACUACCCUUCAUAUUAGACUUUAAUUGGAUAGAGCUCUGGUGCAUACAUCUUCAGACCUGAUUUAAAGAUAGAUGAUAGCUCCAUUCCUUACUCUCAGCUUUAAAAUCAAUCUGUAUUUAAUGGGAAACUAGCUACUAUAGUUUUGAUAUAGGGAAAUCACACCACUUCUUAAUUAAAAGUUUUUGCUCACGAGAAUUACAAAAAUAUAGUUGAAAUUGAAACAUUUAUUGAUGGAAUCCCAGUUCUUAAAGACCUUAGAGGAAAGGAAGUUGUCCUUCUGAUAAAGACUGAAAUUUCUAAUAACCAAACCUUUUACACUGACUCUAAUGGUCUUGAAUUAUAAAAGAGAAUUCUUAACUACAGACCCACUUGGUAACUCAAAGUUCAUGAAAAAGUAAGUGGAAAUUACUAUCCUAUAAAUGGUAUGAUUGUUAUCAAGGAUGUUAAUAAUGGCAAAAGAGUUUCUGUAAUUAAUGAUCGUUCUCAAGGUGCUUCAUCUUUGCAUGAAGGUGAAAUAGAAGUAAUGAUUCAUAGAAGAUUACUUAAUGAUGAUUACAGAGGAGUAACAGAGCCCUUAAAUGAGCUUGAACCUGGUAAAUUAGACAGUGGAUUGACUUAAAAAGUUAGACACUAUCUUGUCUUUGAGGAAGGAGAUGAAACUUUAUCAAGAAGAGUUUAAAGCUAUCAUGAUUCUCUCCCAAUAAUUUUCUAGGCUGAAUCUAAAUCAAACACAUUUGAAAAGAGUUAAAUUCCCUAAACAUUUAACCCUCUCAUGUCUAACUCUGAUCCUUUCUUGAAGGUUGUUUUCUAGCCUUAUGGAGAAAACUAUAUUUUGAGAGUAACUAAUUUAAACGAUGUCAAUUCUACUAACUAUAGCAUCCCAGAAGGAAUAGAAAUGAUUGAAGAAGUUACACUUACUGCCAACUAAAACAAAGAAUAAAUGCUAAAAGAUAAAUUUAAAUGGAAUAUUGAAACAGAAAUUAACCCAAAAUAUAUGUUCUCUCAUAAAGAUUUAUUGCAAUCACAAUAAUAAGAAGGAAAUAUUCUGUAAGUGAAGCCACUAGAAUUAAGAGCUUUUAUCGUAAGAUUCAAAAGUGAACAAUAAUAAUAAAUUGAACAAUAUUGA